GGUCCCAAUCUACUUGAAUAUACUAUCGGGGAUCAGCUUCUUUCUUGUUUAACAAUUCCUCAUACAAUUUGCUGGCAUCAUUUGCCUGGUCACGUGAUUUUGGACGAAACCGUUGAAUUACUUGCCAUAGUACUAGUAUAUAGACUUUUACAUAGUAUUUCUCCUCAAGAGCUUUACGAAUUUGCUGGGG